AUAAUUUCAAUUUAAAAAUGACCUGUGUGAAGAUACCUUGAAUGUGGCCCUCGAGGAAUUAACCUAGUUUCAGUGUUGAGCGAACAGCGACGAUGACCUUCCGCGUUGAAAUAUGGAGAUGAAACGGCAUGAUAAGCCGGGCAGCUUGUCGCCCGUUAACCCGGCUGUCAAGAAAGACGAGGUAGGCAAGACGUCAAGAUCUAGUAGCAGGACCGAAAAGGAGAUCAAAGCUGACAAAUCACCUAGUGAUGAUGGUUUGAAGAGAGAGCGGCGACUGUCCAGAGCUAGUGAAUGUUCGAGAGACACGCUUGAUAGACAAGAUUCAAAAUCAUCAUCUCUUAGUCCAAAAGUAUCACGAAAAUACUUCACUAACUGGAAACAAGCAUGCGAUAAAACAAAAGAUAAAACCAAGGAAUUGCUGAAACGGUGGAGGACUUUGCCCGAGGCUGAGGGAGUGGAGGACCAAAUGCAGGCGGCAGGGCAUAGUGAAGAAGAGAAACAUCAUGGGUGGAGUGUACACGUCUGGACGACCUGGGUAAACCGAUGCAGUGAAGAUCUGGAAUGCUUAGACCUAGAAGAAGAACAACCUUUGGCUCAACUAAGUUCUGUGCAAACUGACAAAAUGACUCUUUUUUUCACCGAGCUCCUAGACCACGACCGCGAUGACGUCAUAUGUGAUCAGGAUUUCGAUAACUUUUUUGAGAAGCUUGCCCACUUCGCCGACUGGUCGACAAACUCGUCCGAAUUUCACAUACUCUUGGAAGUAAAGAGAGAAUUCAUCGAGAAUUUCCUCAAUCCGUUGCCCCCCAAGUGGGCAGAAUUACCAUACUACAGACGAGUUUGCGGACCCGAAGCCGGCGGCAUGCCAGGCAGAACGACGCUCGAAGGUUGGUUGGCGCGGUGGGCUUUACAUCUCAGUGAAAUGCGUCGUUUCGUCGAUCUGCCGCUUUACCUACAAUACCUCUGCAAGAUAUUUUUUCACGUUGUAGAUCGAGAAAGUGCAGGAGAAAUAACAAAGCCGGCGCUCGCCGCGUUUUAUCGCUCCGUGAUCGGACUGCCAGCUAACAGGGUUGAAGAAAUUAUUGAUACCGCUUACGACAGAAUGACCAGUAAUAGCUACCUGAUCCUCGAUUAUGGUACCUACGUUCACUGCUUCACUAACUGGUUGAUGGGGAAGAAUCCGAACGGUCCAGGGCAGUGGGUGCUCGUUCCACCGAAGGAUUCCCUGCCACAGCCCCCAUUCCCUGUAGACUACAGCGCUUUAAACACCGAGCCAGCGAAAUUAGAACCUUAUGCUCCUGACAAGAAGACUAAUAGACACUCGGUCAUUGUAUAGUCAAUUUUUACAGAUAAUAAUUAAAAUUAAUAUAUAAAUUA